UAACAAUGCCACAUGCAAACAGCAACACGAAACAUAGUUAGAUAUAUACAAGAACAGAUUCACACGAAUAACAUAUAUAAUAUAUAUAUUUCUACAUAUAUUUUUGUAAUAUUAUUUGUUGAUCGACGACAACAAUUAAGGACGAAUGUUUUCUAUAUAAUUAUUACCAAUCGUGGCUAAACGCUGGCCAUUUGUUUUUAUAAUGCAAUAACUAAAACCCAGAACGUUUGUUUCGAUUAAGCCAAAACGUAAUAAUGUGUUAUUGUAAUUUGUAUUGUUAUUUACUACUAAUAUAUAUACGUAUACAUAUAUGUAAACUGCUUACAAUCCGAUUUUGUUGUAACAAAAAAUUGAGUGCCUCGUUCUCGUUCUCGCGCGUAGAAAGCUAAAACAUCAAAUUCUGUAUUUCACACAAAACUCACACACACUACAUUUUUGUACUAUAUAUCCGCCAGGCUGCCAGGCGCACAAAAACUCACUUAACAUAAUAUUUUUGUACAUGUCCCCAGCCGGAUUUCUAUAUGGUUUAUUGUUCGCCAAAAUGUAUUUGCAACCAGUUGCUUAAGCCGCAAUCUCGUUUAACUCUUAUACACACACUGCUUAAUUUAACGAAACUUAUUUAAUGGUAUAUAAAUAAAUAUAUAAUUAUAUUUAAUAUUAAACGUAUGCGCAAUUCUAAUAAACACAUGGAGAAUCACAAACGCUUCCACAUAGAAGAAUGUUUUAAUGACGUCUGGCGAUUGGAAUUGAAGGAGCAAAAAACCAAUUAUAGCUGAAAUCCUUGCAAGUGCUGGGGUUAAUUAAUUGCUGGCUACUUUGGGGUCCAGAAUGCCAGUAUAAAAGCAGGGUAAAAUCGGGAUAAAGCAGCAUAGAACUCAAAAUGAAUCCCAAGAGCGAAGUCCUCAUUGCCGCAGUGCUUUUCCUGCUCCUGGCCUGCGUCCAGUGUCAGCUAACUUUCUCGCCGGAUUGGGGCAAGCGUUCGGUGGGCGGAGCUGGUCCUGGAUCCUUUUUCGAGUCCCAGCAAGGCAACUGCAAGACCUCCAACGAAAUGCUGCUCGAGAUCUUCCGUUUUGUGCAAUCCCAGGCUCAACUAUUCCUGGACUGCAAGCACCGCGAGUAGGUGGCCUGAUCCUUGCCAGAUCCUGGACUUUUGGAUCUCGGACGAUGUCUAGCACGCACACACAUAAUUUAUUUAUAUACAAAAUACCCUUAUAAACAGCACGUUAUCAAGGUAGUCGUAGUCGGCAUUUAGAUUUAAUGGAACUUUACUUUCCCAAACCAAACAAUAAAUAAGCGCAUCCAAAAUGUA